AAAAGGAGAUGAGAAAGAAUUUCGCCGGAUAUUUUAUUGAAAAUUGAGUUCAACGAGGAAAUUUGAGACUAAAAAAAUACGUUUUUGAGGAUUUUUGUUGCAGGAAGUCAAUUACAAUUGAUGCUCCAAAAAUGAUCGAGCUCAAGGAAAUUUGUUCACUUUCGUAUCAACACAAGUCAGUACAGCCCUUUUCAAUACAAACAUCUCCCAAUGGAACGUUUUCGAUUACGACAAAAACCGCCGUUCAAAUCAUGAAACCUCAAUUCAAGCACAAUCCGGACCUAAAUUUGUUCAAUUUGAAGCCCGCUGUUGUUCAAUGUCCCCUUGACAUGCCCACGAACGAGUUGGAUACGGAAGAAGUUGAGAUCUACAACAACGCCGAUAAGCUGGAAAGGAAAUCUUUGCUCUUGGAUCAACGAUUUUUGCCAAAAUUAUCGAACAAAGACGUUUCUGAGCUGGUUCAGAGUCGCGCAGUGGCCUGGAAUGGCAGCGGAAAAUUCGCUUAUUUGUCAACUUAUGGAGGAAUCGAGAUUUUUGAGGAAAUUAAUGAAGACAAUGAAUGGAAAAGUGUCGUUAACGUCGGUAAAGAAUACCUUAAAUACGUGAAAAAGGACAAAAAAUCACCUCUGAAGACGAUGAACGAGUUGGAAAGUCAUGUAGAAGAUUUGUUGUUAACAAGUAUCGUCUUUUGUAACGUCGGCGAUGAAGAAUUCUUACUUGCGACGACCAAAAGUAGCAAAAUGGUGACGUUUCGGGUUAAUUUUCAAGCAAAAACUGUUGAAAUCGUUCGAGUUUCGGAAAUUUUUGAACGAAACAUCAACAGAAUGACCGUAAUUUCAACGAAAAAUGAAGUUUUUGUGGCUGUUGGAAGCAAUGAAGGUCAAAUCAGCUUGUAUAAAGUACAAAAAUCUGGUGAAAUAUGCUCGAGGAACUGCUUGUGGGAAGAUAAAGACUUGUUGGCGGUGUCUGAUGUUCAAAUAUCGACCUUAGAUGAUGGAUUUCUUGCAGUUGCAUCGAAAGGAGGACAUUUAUUGGCUUUUAAAUUAGAUUCCAAGAUGAGUUGUGUCAAAAAAUCGCAUGAAAUGUUGACUUCAAUGCCGAUUACAGGUCUCAUGAAGACUUCUGAGACGUCUUUCAUCACAGUUUCCCUCAAUAACGAAGUCAAAUCUGUUCAAAUUUGUCCAAAAACGUUAAAAAUCUCAUCAACUAACGUUCAACUCGACUUUUCGCUGUCUGGAAAUACCGUUUAUGGCAUCGCUCCAUCUCAUAAUCAAGCGUAUUUUGUACUUUUGAGCUUCGUAACGCAAGCUCAUGACCAUUUAACACUCCGACAACCGCUAAAUUUAACAUUGUGUCGCCUUGGAUCUUCAAAUCCGAUCGAAAAAUUACUCUCAAUGCCAUCGAUGUCACUGAAAACUGCCACAGAUUAUCUCGAACUCAUCAGAUAUUUGGGCGCCAAGGACCAAAAGAUGCUUCAACUCUUCGAAAAAUCAAUUGAUUUAACAAAAAACAUUGGAUUUACGAAAAAUUUCGAGUUUCAAGUGAAAAUUUCAGCUGUUCUCGCAGGAGCUCGUUUCACGUAUUUCCGUUUGCGAAGCGCCGCAGAGUCAGAAGUCUCGACAAAACGCAUGGAACGUCUCGGUCAAAUACUGGAAGUGAUUCGGGCGAGCCAUGCAUUGAAUUUUCUCGCAAAAAAUGGAGCAAAAAGCGAAUUUGAAUGUCUUUCGGCGCGAUGUUUGAGACUAUCGAUACUCGAAUAUGUCGCCGCAACACCCGCAACUGAUGAAUUACUCAAAAUUUAUGAAGCGUUAACGCCGGAAUUGAUAAUUUUGGCACAAAAAACGGAAAAUUUGGGCAUAAGUGAGGCGGAAAGUUGUACAAUUUGCGGAAAAAUGUUGGAAAUGAACUCUUUGACGUGUGAAGAGGGACACGUAACCAUCAGAUGUUGCCUUACAAAAGUCCAAAUUGACGAUUUUAAUCCCAAAACUUGCUCACAGUGUCAACGAAGCAUUUGGAAUGACCUGGAAAUGAUCAAAAAAGUCAUUGGCAGCGAUGAAAACUUACUUUUGUGUCCCUUGUGUGACAUUUCUUUCACAAAUAAAGUUGAAAAUUGAUAAAAAAUUGAAAAUUUUACU